UUGCCGUCAUGUGACUGCCGAGUUUUGUCUCAUCUGUGUACAGUUGUCUCCAUUACCAUGGCAACUGUCGGCAACUUUCUGGUUUUCUUCAUGGUUGGACUACCCCUAGUGUACUGCAAGGGGGAGUCAACAUCCGGCGUAUACAACUGUGCCAAUGGGGUAUACGAGACGAUGGUUAAGGUCACCGAUGACUGCCGGACAGGGAAGUACUCACCUGAGCUGAAGACCUUUCACAAGCAUGAGAAGAGGAUCAGUGGCCCGGUCAUCGCCAAUCUGCUGCAGGGUUACUGCUACGUGUCGCAGGAGGUUGCCGGAUGUGCUAUGGACAUGGUCCAGAGCCUGCCGUGUCUGGCCGCUGAGCGAGACAACUACACGCUGAUGGUGCGCCGCUCCGACUGGAUGUGUGACGGGCUCCAGCUGCGAGACUCCGUCCGUCAAGUGUUCCAGCACCUGCCGGCCCAGGUGAUGGACUACCGGAGCAACACCUGCUACCGCAGCGCACCCAACAAGGCCUACACCUGCAUGCGCCGCUACCUGGAACCCGCCAGAAACCCGGACAGGAGGGAGAAGACGAGGAGGACACUCAACUCCUUCCGGUGUACGUACCGGAAGUUGGCCAAAGAAUGCAGGCCGGAAGCUGCGUUUCUGUUUGCCACGCUGGAAUAUGAUUGGCUGAUCGUCCCUCCCGCCCUAGGGUUUAACAUCUCGGAUGUUCUUCUGACUGCCGCCAACAUCAAGUUUUAGACAUGACUGCCGCCAACAUCAAGUUUUAAACAUGACUGUCGCCAACAUCAAGUUUUAGACAUGACUGUCGCCAACAUCAAGUUUUAAACAUAACUGUCGCCAACAUCAAGUUUUAGACAUGACUGCCGCCAACAUCAAGUUUUAGACAUGACUACCACCAACAUCAAGUUUUAGAUAUCACUGCCAUCAACAUCAAGUUUUAGACAUGACUGCCGCCAACAUCAAGUUUUAAACAUAACUGUCGCCAACAUCAAGUUUUAGACAUGACUGCCGCCAACAUCAAGUUUUAAACAUGACUGCCGCCAACAUCAAGUUUUAAACAUGACUGUCGCCAACAUCAAGUUUUAGACAUGACUGUCGCCAACAUCAAGUUUUAAACAUAACUGUCGCCAACAUCAAGUUUUAGACAUGACUGCCGCCAACAUCAAGUUUUAGACAUGACUACCACCAACAUCAAGUUUUAGAUAUCACUGCCAUCAACAUCAAGUUUUAGACAUGACUGUCGCCAACAUCAAGUUUUAGACACGCCGCCAACAUCAAGUUUUAGACAAGACUGCCGCCAACAUCAAGUUUUAGACAUGCCGGCAACAUCAAGUUUUAAACAUGACUACCACCAACAUCAAGUUUUAAACAUGACUACCACCAACAUCAAGUUUUAAACAUGACUACCACCAACAUCAAGUUUUAGACAAGACUGCCGCCAACAUCAAGUUUUAGACAUGACUGUCGCCAACAUCAAGUUUUAAACAUGACUGUCGCCAACAUCAAGUUUUAGACAUGACUGCCGCCAACAUCAAGUUUUAGACAUGCCGCCAACAUCAAGUUUUAGACAUGACUGUCGCCAACAUCAAGUUUUAAACAUGACUGUCGCCAACAUCAAGUUUUAGACAUGACUGUCGCCAACAUCAAGUUUUAAACAAGACUGCCGCCAACAUCAAGUUUUAGACAUGACUGCCGCCAACAUCAAGUUUUAGACAUGAGUGUCAACAUUACUGACAUUCCUGCUGUUUUUGACUAUACUUUAUCAACUCUGCUGCCAACAUACAUAAGUAUUGUGACACUUUAACACGCACACGUAUUGUAAACUAACAUGUCAAAUUACUGCCUGAGAAGAAAAAAAAAUGUAAACAUUUUAAAGUAAACAAUUUUUAACCCA